AUGGUAGAGGAAAAGAGGGAGAGGGCGGAGGAGGCGUCCGACAGCCCGCAGAAAUCCCCGCGCCUGGACCCGCUGGCUGGUCCUGGCUGCAGCGACGCGCCUGCGUCUCCGACGGAGUCGAGCGACGAGUGGCCAUCGUCCGGGGAAUGGGAGGCGGGGACCAGCAGCGACAGUACCGGCGACAGUAUGGACGACGGCGGGCGGUGCGAGCACAUACGCUUCGACCUGGAUAUGGUGGUACAUGAUCUCAAGGUCGCAAACCAGGUCCUCAAGGAGCCUCGGAAGUGCCAGCGUCGUAAUUGCAAGACGACCUGGGAGGGAGCCAGUGAGGACGACCAAGGGAUGAUGAAGUGCAUAGACUGCGCCUAUUUCUUCUGCUCUGGGUGGCCGGUGGACAGGGAGGAUCCGCAGGGACACGCCCGCUGGCACGCCGGCGAGCACCAGCAUUGGGUUGCUCGGUGGUGCGAUGAACCGAAUUUGGGAUACUGCUUCAUGUGUUCACGCCCUAUGAGGCUCAGUGACUGGAGCGAAGAUGACUAUGCAGUGGCGGCCAGAAAUGAAAAGGAUCAGCAGAUGCCGGGGGAUAGCGUUGCAAAGGAUGGCUGGGGAUCGGUGUCCGGCAUUGCAAAGGAUGAGCGGCAAAGGGUGCCCAGAAUUGCAAUGGACGAUGUUGCGUCUGGGUAUGCUAAUGGCGAUGGCCACGUUAUCAGAGGGAUGCCGAACCACGGAGAAACAUGCUACAUGAAUGCAACGCUGCAGUGCCUCCUUGCGCUUGGUAAGCUGAGGACAAAGAUUCGAAGUCCGGAUGCUCAUUUGGGGAGCAUUGGUCUGCACCUGCGGGAGUUGUUCGUAGAGACACGCAUUUCGAAUGAUGCCAGAGGCAUGCUGGACCCAUCCAUGAUACUGACAGCUGUGCGUGAGCGUUAUCCGGAUCGGUUCGAGGCCUGGAAGAUGGAAGACAGCCAUGAGUUCCUUCUGUCUUUAUUCAAUAUUGUGGAUGCGGAGGUGGAGGAGGAAAACGGUAGGCAUGUCUUGGAAGGGGGUGAAGUGUUUCCUACAUUUAACGUUUCUCUUUUUUGGGGGUCAGCUGUUUGA